AUGCCAGUGAUCGUGCUCAACAUCAACCAGGGCUCUGAUGGCGAUGGCCGCCGCCGACCAAAGACCGACGACUAUACCCGCAAUGACGACCACUGGCUGGAUCGCAUGGGCGAGGUAUGGGCAAAGCAUCAGCAUAUCGCUCAACCAGGCAACACGUACAGACUCGACCGGCUACCUGAUGGCUACGGAGGCUAUGAGAGGCGACGUGGCGAUAGCAAACAUGUCGACCGCUACGUCCAUGGCCAUAUUCGAGGUCCUGCCCGUUCAGUACCGGACUUCACUGAACAUUUUCUCCACUUGAUGGAUUAUGGCAACGCUGUUGCAUGCACGUGUAAGCUGUGCUACGGCGGCAGCAGAAGUACCAACAAGAUGAUAAGUGGCGCACAAUCCGUAGCCGGUACACACUUUCCUCAGCCGAAGAAAAGCGUUGGUCGACCUCCGAACGCAAAGCCAGUUCCUUAUCAAUAUCCGCACGAUCAACAGCCUCCACCACAGAUUCGUCAGCGUCAGGUGGACGAGGAAGGCACGCCCGACGCUCUACGUCAGCUUCUCGACAAGCUCAAGGCUGCUGGCGAAGAAGGCAAGGUCGAUGAGCGCAUCAUUGAGAGCAUGUCACCAGACUGGAGAGCAGGUCACUCAAUGCUUAUGCAAAGUCUGAAGGAGUGCGCGGAACUGCCAGGCUACAUGCCUCGUGCUGGUGAGCUCGUGCUGUUCGUGCGCAAUCUCAGCGUUGAUGAUAGCCUGGGCUGGGACGAAGCAAAACGUACAUGGCGAGUCAUCAAUGGGGGAGUGUGGGCUGAAACGCCUCUAUGGGAAGCUGGUGUAGUGGCACAGCUACCCACAGAGCCGAUCAGUGCGAGAGAUCUGCUUGGUGUGCCUGAAGAUAAGCAAAAGAGUGUGAUUGAAGCUGGUUUCCGGAUCGAGCCCAUGUCUCAACCUAACAGCAUGACCAAGACCCUCACAAAGCAACACAAGUACGUACAUCUACAUGCUAUUCGCCCUCUGGCUUCAUGGAAGGACUGCAUGGGGUCUUUGGCAGAAGCCGAUUGGCAUGCAACUGUGCGCAAUGCUUUGAUGGCAGUCUCAUCGUUCUGCGUGCUUGGCAGAUAUCAUUUCAAGGGCGCUUGGCCAGAAGCAACCAUCUUCGCGCAUGGCAUAUACAUUGGUGCCGAACUUCUGUGUAUCGGAGACACUGUCCGCUUGCAGCACAAGGGCCCGCAGCCAGACAUCGCAUCCGAAGUUAUGAUUAUCACUGCCAUCAAGAUUCGCAUUGUCAACCUCGACGAGGCGAAUGAUGACGACCAGGAUAGUGGCUUGCCAUACGCAACCUGCACGCAUGUCAGUGGUCGAGCAUUCACUCGUGACCCGAGGAGAAGCUUCGACGGAAUUGGUAAAGUCCCAAUACCCCAGGACUCCCCAAACUUGCCAGCUCCUCUGACAGGUUCUGGAACAUGGUAUCAUAUCAGCGAUCCGAAGAAGUCGAAGGCACGCCUCGAAGUACCUUUCCAACGAGUAGCAGGCCGUUGGUUCGAGAGCGUUGCCACGAAGGCAUGGUAUACGCCACCAAAGAACGCAGCCCCACCUUCGGCCUUUCAAGCCGUCAACGCACGCCCUGCAAUCAAGGUCAACGACAAUGAUAUGCCUUCAGAUGUCUCCUUCUCGCUUGCUGAAAUUCUCGAAGCGCGCACGUUCAGUCAAAACCACGAUUCACGCAUUGACAGAGCUAACGGUAAGACUUGGUUCUGGGCUGAUACGAGAGUACAGCAGCUCGAUCUGCAUGAGAUUAAUGGAACUUACGUUGGCGUGAAAGAUGACACUAGAUCGAAGGAGCAGAUGAGUGACUGGCGAAAGGCACUCAAGGCACUGGAUGGGAGGCAAGGCGGGAUCGAGGAAUAUCAUGCUGCGAGAGAGCAGCGUGAGCUGGCGCAGGCGAAGAGGAAGAGUGAAUUGGCCGCUUCAGAAUCUGGGCUAGUGGCUGGUGGUGUGCAGACAAUGGGUGAGCAGUCGAGCGGCGGUGACGAGGAUGAAACACAGGAGGACGAAAUAGACGAGGCGGCAGGAGGUGAGGCGAUGGAGGUCGAUGUGAUUGUGCCAGUGGCCCCGGCGGCUCGGAUGGAUAUUGAUGAUGACGACGAGGAUAGCGAGAGUGCUGGAGAUGCAUUGGCUGCUUUCAAGGCUGCUCCGACCGCCAGGAAGAUUCCUGAAGUGAUCGAAUUAGAUGACGAUGAUGAUUGA